AUGGUUAAAUUUGAUUUGGAAAAGUUUUUUUUGGGAAUGAACAAUGUGGAUAAGGAUUUACGAGAGAUGGCCCUAUUUGAUUUGCAUCAGGCACUGAAGGACCCUGGCUUUCAACUUACUGAGAGCGAUGUCGACCGUGUUGUGGAUCACGUUCUACGUUGUUUCACUAAGGAUGAACUGGACAAGGAGGUUCGCAACAACGCCAUCCAGGUUGCACCACAACUGUUUCUUUUUUGCAGCGAACGUCAGCAAAUCCGAUUCUCAUCCUUCUUGUGUACAUCGGCUACUUUUCGGGGAAUGGAGUUUGGCGACAGGGGGUCGUCGGAGAUUCUGGAGAGCUCUGCGUUUGCUCUCGGGCUGUGCUGUGAAUCGAUGGCGGAGCGGGCGCAGGUGAACAUUGAGGCGUGGCAGCGUCUGACUCCCGUUGCCCACAGCAUCAACGCCACUCUUCUCAGCAAACUGGGAGACGGGAACGAGGUUGUUGCCAAGGACGGUAUUUAUGGCUCCAUCAUUGCCCUCAUCGUCCCAUUUGCGCGCACCUUCUCUUCUGAGACCCGCGAUGGAAUGGCAAAAAGGGCUCUGGUGGAUUUUUCUGGCACGGGCUCGGCGUGUCGUCGCGCGAUUGUUUGUCUUUCUCUAUUAUCGCCGUUCUUGAGCGAAAAUGCGUUUAAUGAUGUUCGUGAAACCGCAGUUCGUGGGCUCCAGGGGAAGGAUCCCAAUUUGAGGCUGCUACCGCAUCUUCUUUUGUACGAAGCUUUAGUAAAAAACUCUCCGCUUCGCAUGAUGACAGACAUCUGCACGGUGAUAAAUAUUCUUUUACUGGAGAUCCGAAGGCGAACCAACGAGUACACAUCGGAGGAUGAUGAUGUGUGCGAUACAAUCAUGCGUGUCAUGAACUCCAUGGUGUGCCAAUAUCCCAAUGAGCUCUCAACAUCACAUAUUGAUAUUUUUAGUUGCUGUGUAUCGCUGAUGAGGUUUGAUCCCAACUACUGUGGGGACCCCGAAGAGGAAGAGGCGGGGAUAGAGGAGGGGGGUAAUGAUACAUACGAGGAUUAUUAUAUGGAAUUAGAGGAAGUGGACACGUCAUGGAAACUACGAAUGUGGGCUGCAAAGCUUCUUUCGUCAUUGAUCCAAAUAUCACCAUCCUCAGAUGUAUUGAUUCAACGUUUGGAUAAAGCAAAUGUCUUUUCGGUGGGUGACCGAAUGGAAGAAGUUCAACUGGCAAAUCUUCAGCUACUAAACGCCAUCGCCCAACAUCCACGUUGCGAGGAGGCACACUCCAUAUUAUUGAAUUUGUUGGACUCUUUAUUACGUUGUGUCAGUGGUUCCAACCAGAAAGUGAGUGUCACGGCAAUCAAGACCUUGCAGCUUUUUUUCCAUCUCUAUGGGGGAAAUCUCAUGAACAAGGGCGAUGCGAUCUGUCAUGUACUUUCUGAUCUUGCAGCGAAGGAAACAAAUGACACGAGUCUACUCAACUCCGAGGUAAUAACGCUGUCUCAGUAUGUUAUGGACGCCGCCUUGAAGGAGCCAAGAAAUAUUUCAAUUGCGAUGAAACUGUUUGACACGGUUUUUUAUACAAUUUGUAAAAGCCGGUUUGACAAAGUUAGUGAUCGCGCCCUUCGUGUGAUGCAGACAAUGACUUGUGUUGCCCUUUCUAUCGAUGCCUCCUACACGGAACGUUGUGUAUCCUUGCUAUUUUCCCUUUUGGAAAGGAAGACAACAGAGAUGGAAGUUUCUCGAGCAGCGACAGAGGCCAUGGGCGAGUGUCUUUCUAAUCUUUUCUUGACGCUUUCCGAAGACACUGUUCAUCACUAUUUACACCGUUUGGUUUAUCUUACCGAGACAAAUGUGAAUGCUCUGCAUGUGCUAGGCUCUGCGGUGAGCCGCUCCACCGCAAUUCGAAUUUCGCCCGACCUUUUGGAGCACAUUUCUGCUUACCUCGCAAAGUGCAAUUACUCACAUCAUUACGUGGUUCUUGGUGUUUUGAAGGAUGCUCUUAAAAAUGGGUCUGAGCUUCCAAAAGAGGCGUUAGAUGUUGUGAUGAAGUUUAUACAGGUGGAUGCUUUGAGAAGCAAGGAGGCCUUGCUAAUAAGGAGAGUCUUUGAAUUAUUGGCAGAGGUCUGCAAGAAGUACCCUCCGGUGAUUGAACAAACGUUGGAAAUGAUACUUUCCUCCGUUUGGAAUGCCUUGGAAGCCCUGUUGGCUUCAGGGAGCUCCUUUUACGGUCAGGUUGUGGAGGAUGCGGCAUCCUUUCUACACACUCUUUGUCUGCAGCUCCCUCGGCAACGUUUCACACUAAUUGAGGCUGUUUUAAAGCAUAUUUUGAUAUCCACCUCCCCUGAUUUGAGCAGUGAACUUCUGAGUGGAGUCAUCGUUGACAAUGAAGAUACAAUAGAAAAAAUAACGUCCUUUUUCCUUGACAACCCCGCCUUGAAGUGUCUGUGUGUGGGAACAGUUGGCCGCUCCCAGGUUCUACCAGAAGAGUGGAAGAAGUUUCUGCUGGAGAAUUUUGCGGGUGCAAUUUCAGAAUCGGCCCGUUCUUUGGGGAUGGCAGCGAUCGGUCGUGCUGCAUCAAACCCCCAAAAUAUUUCCUUGUUCAUGCAAAUAGUGGAGCGUGCCAUUAGCGAAACAAAGGAUCGAUCGCUUUAUUGGAGGUUAAUCAAAGAAGUGAUGCAUAUUGCAGCCUCUCGGGAACCUUCACCCUUUAGCGAUCAUUUGUUUUGUAAACAACUCAUGGAACGCCUCCUGGAGAGUGCCUUGGAAGAUGAUGUGCAAACAAAUGCCGCGGUCCUUGGAAGCUUCGUGUCGUUUGAUGUGGCGGAUCUUUUAGAUAUUACAUGCCGCUACUUGAAUAGUGACUCGGAAAUUAUUAAGGCGACAUGUAUCUCCACCCAGCGAUAUUUGAUCUCCCACUGUAAAGGCGAGGAGAUCCAACCCCAGUUGGCCAGCGUUAUAGAGACAUCGCUUCAAAAUUUAGGAAGUAACUCUUCCGUUCGCAUUCGUCUUGCUGCCCUACAACUUUUUGCUGUUGUCGCUUCUUCUCAGCCUCAUCUUCUUUUUACUCCCACCAUGCGGGACGUGGUUUAUCCCAAUGUUCUUGCUGAGCUUGUUGAGGAUUCUAGUCUUGUUUUGACUGUCAACCUCGGUGGCUAUACACAUCGAGAAGACAAGGGAAUAGAGGUUCGAAGACUUGCCUUUGACAUUAUUUCUAUUUUGCUUCGUGACACUGAGCGGCAGCGCAGAGGGAAAGUUUUGGAAUUUUUUUUGCGUUUUGAAGAGCUUCUUCAGUGUCUGGUUCAUGCUUGCGGUCCACAGGAGAAGGGCGAGGUAGAUGUAGACUUGAAUAAUCAAGCAAAAACGCUUUUGGUACAGCUUGUAAACACCCAUCUCAAGUUGCCCUGGAGUGACUCUUUGAUCAUGUCCCUGCAUGGUAAAUUGAAGGCCGUAUUGGAACUGAACUGUGAGGGUAAGUCUUUGUCUGCUGAGAAGGAGCGGGUUAAUAUACGGUAUGCGUUAAAUUGCGUGAUGCGCCUUACGGAGUGCGUACCCUUUGCCUACAUUCCACAGUUUCAACCGCUUCUUCUAUUGGCUCAGAAGUCAUCCCUAUUGGCGGAGUCGAUGAAGCUGGUGUUGUGA